CGUCCCACAUUCACAUGUUCUCUCUCCUUUUUUAAAAAAAAAUGUGUUCUUAUUUCUUUCUGCAUAGAUUAAAGGGAAAAAAAAAACUCAGUCUUGGUUUUCGAUUGGAUUUUUUUUUUUUUUUUGAAAAUCUGUUCGUCAAUGGAUAGCGGAAUGUUGGCGGCAAAUGCCUCUCCCUACGAUCGUCUCGUCCAAGCACUUGCUUUAAUCCCCAUCUCCUAUUAUCUCUUCGCUGCUCUCUUUAUAUUCCUCGCUUUUUUAUACACUUUUCUGGAGAUUCAUUUUCUUCACGAUUUACUCACUCUUUUCAGAGGCUACCCUGUUACUUUGACCUACAAUUCUUCCUCCCACCUUUGCCAAUCACUCCUUUCCAACUGUAAUAUCCUUCGCGGCCGGUACUCCGUGACUCCAUGGCUUUCCGGUCCUCAUCUUCAGACAGUUUUCUUGUCUGUUUUUGGAAGGGCUCCUCCGGUUACUUAUAGACGACAUUUGUUCCUUACUUCGGAUGGUGGAACCAUUGCUCUCGACUGGCUAACUUAUUCUGAUGUUACGGAGGGUCGCUCCCGCGUGAUUGAUGAUUCAGCUGCUAUUAAACGUGAUAAAACUCCGAUUAUGAUUGUGAUUCCUGGUUUAACCAGCGAUUCUUCUUCCGCUUAUGCGAAGCAUCUUGCCUUCAACAUGGCAAGAAAUGGCUGGAAUGUUGUUGUAAGCAACCAUCGUGGGCUGGGAGGUGUAUCACUCACGUCUGAUUGCUUUUAUAACGCUGGAUACACAGAGGAUUUACGGAAACUCAUUGACCAUAUUCAUUGUGAAUAUCCUGAAGCUCCUCUUUUCGCUGUUGGAGCUAGCAUUGGUGCCAAUAUUCUGGUAAAAUAUCUUGGAGAGGAUGGGACUAACACUCCCCUUGUCGGGGCUGCAGCCAUAUGCUCUCCUUGGGACCUCUUGAUAUGUGACAGAUUCAUCAACCGUAAACCUGUGCAGAAAAUGUAUGACAGAGCGCUAACAGUUGGCCUGAAAGGUUAUGCACAAUUGCAUCAGUCUAUCUUGUCUCGUCUUGCAGACUGGGAAGGCAUUACAAAGUCCAGAUCUGUUAGAGACUUUGACAAGCAUGCUACUCGUAUUCUUGGAAAGUUUGAGACUGUGGAUACAUUUUAUAGGCGUUCAAGCAGUGUUAAUCAUGUAAGUAACGUGUCAGUGCCUCUCCUCUGCAUCAGUGCCUUAGAUGAUCCUCUGUGUACCAGAGAAGCUAUUCCAUGGGACGAAUGUAGGGUUAAUGAAAAUAUUAUCCUAGCUACUACGCCUCGUGGAGGACAUCUAGCUUUCUAUGAAGGCAUAACAGCAUCAAGCUUAUGGUGGGUAAGAGCUGUUGAUGAGUUUUUUGGUGUUCUAAGGACUAGCCCAUUAAUAAAAGAGAGACAGAAGAAGCAAGGCUGCAGUGUGGCAAAGCCACUGCAAUCUUCAAUUGAUGAAGGGCCAUAUUUGGAUGUUAUGGAAGAUAGACUGGUGACAGCAAUGGGGAAUGAAGCAAGCGAUGCUUCACCAGAAAACUAUUUGUCAAAUGAGCAUAGGGUUGACAGUAAGCAGGAUGAAGAUAUAAAUUCGGAUGCAGAAAAUAGUGGCGACUCCACAGCUAAAUUAUACCCGAAGAAGCAUACCACGCAACAAGCCGAGCAAGAUGUUAAGAAAUUGAUUGUUCUGGUUCAAGGACACAUCGAUAAGCUUUCACGGAGAAGUAGGCAAUCAAUAUGGUUGCUGGCAUACAUCGCCAUCAUAACAACUUGGCCAUUUGUUGACUCUUUUCUUCUUUCAUUUCUUAAGAGAAGGUUUAAAAAUUUUAUACCGGCUUCACUGUUAAAAAAUAGGAGUAUGUGAUUUUUGCUCAACCAUGAAUCAUUAAUAAACAUGGUAACUAUAUCUGAUCAAGAAGUAUGCGUACUUGUAACGAUUGAAUAAAAAUUAUGUAUGUGUGUAUCCA